AUGAGCGCACGACAGGCAAUAGAGCAAUACAAGGACCUGAUCUUCGCAGGAGAUCUCCGCAACCUUGUCUGUGACCUUGCCGACGUGCUACGAGACCUUGACAAGCCUGUCUCUGCGGAACAAUAUCUGCGCAAAGAAACCGAUCGGCAGGACCCGAAUCGUGAGGAGUUUGGUCUGGACCAAGAAUAA